AUAGUAUUUAUACAAAUAAAUUCCUCCAGCAGCAUAAAAUAUAAAAUUGGAAAAAACAAUGGAGGCUGUGCCGCGUUUGCACAUGCUCUGGUUUGCGCUCAAAUCCAGUCCAGAGGGCACAUCGUUUGCAGCGUUGAAAAAGUAUAUAGCUGAAUUCUAUCAUGAGGAUCCGGAGGCAUUCUCCAAAGAGGUUCAUGCUUUGGAAACACUACGCAAUCAGGCUAUGCGCACCACCAAGGAUGGUGCACCGAUAAUGAAACGUUAUUAUUGCCAGCUACACGCCUUGCAGAAUCGCUUUCCACAGCUAGCCGAGCGCAGUAUUUUCACCUUUUGCUGGAAGGAGCUUUACCAUAGCGCAGUGCAUGAGAUAAGCGAUUUGCGUUAUGAACGCGCUGCAGUGCUCUUUAAUAUUGCAGCAUCCCAUACACAAUCCGGCGCUUCAGUAACGCGCGGCGAUGUGGACGGCAUGAAAAUGGCCUGCACGCAUUUCCAGGCAGCUGCUUGGGCUUAUAAUGAGCUUAGAGAACGUUAUGCAAAUGUUGGCAGUGGCGGUGACUUUAUGACCAACGAGCUGUUGGUAUUCCAGCAGCAAGUGUGCUUGGCUCAAGCGCAGGAAUGCAUUCUGGAAAAGUCGCUCAUAGACAAUCGCAAGCCACAUGUGGUGGCCAAGGUGACUGCGCAGAUUGUGGUUUACUACGGCGCUGCUCUGGCAGCUUUGCUCACUGGCGGCGACGAUGGCGCCGUGGCGCAAGUUAUAGACAACUCUGUUUACAAAUUAUGGAAAAAAUAUGUGCGCUUCAAGAUAAACUAUUUGAAUUGCAUAUUAUAUUUGUAUCAAGGACAGCACGCAGAGGAACAGCGUAAAAUGGGCGAGCGUGUAACGCUAUAUCAGGCUGCCUGGGACAAGCUGGAGGAGGCGCGCAAGGAGUCCAAAGGCUUGCCGGAUCAAAAGGAAAUCAAUGAUUCGUUGAGCUUUACAGCGGAUGUGGUGGAGGCUAAGCGCAAAAAUGCCAAAAAUGAAAAUGAGUUUAUAUAUCAUGAGGCGGUGCCAGAGCUUAAUACAAUUGCUGCUGUGCAAGGCGCUAACCUGGUGAAUGGCAUAGGCUUUGCUAUAACCGACGAAGAAGUAGCUGGCACUGAUCUAUUUGCACGGCUGGUGCCCAUGAAAGCGCACGAGGCCAGCUCAAUGUACAGUGAGGAAAAGGCAAAAGUGCUGCGUAAAUACGGUGCGCUGCUGGAGGAAAAGGAUGCGCAGCUGGAUAGCUACAUGAGCUCACUGACUUUGGAUAAUUUGAAUAUCAAUGAGGAGCAAGCCAACAAGCUGCCCCAGGGCAUUGUGGACCGCUGUGCUGCAUUGCAUGCGAAUAAAACAGCAAUAAGCGAUUUAAUUGAAGCCAUGUCGCAGCUGGCAGAGAUAACAGCCGAUGUGGAAACGAAUCUGAACGAGCUAACGCAUAUGCUGGACGCCGAGGCGCAGGCAGAGCGUGAAUUUCAAGCUGCCAGCGGCAUGCAGCGCACGCCCAAUGCGCACAUAACCGAACUAACACGCGAAUAUCAAAAGUAUAGCGAAGCGCAUGCCAAAGCAGGCGAAUCCAACAAUACACUGCGCAAGGCUAUGAGUUUGCAUGUAAACAAUUUAAAAAUCCUAGCGCGACCGCUGCCUGAAAUACAACAACUAAUGCCCAAGCUAAGCUGUGAGCUAAACACAGCGGAAAUAUUCAAGGAUGUCAAACUGAUUGUGAACAAAGUGAAUGAAAUGAAAGCGCAGCGCGCACAAUUUCAUGCCGAGCUGCGCAUUGCUAUCAAUGAGGAUGAUAUCACCAGCAAAGUAAUAGCGCAUGGCGCUCAGGAGGGAUUGCAAGUGCUGUUUGCCAACGAGCUGGCCAAGCAUGAGCGUUUGACGCAGCUGCUGGAUCAGAAUGUGCUGGCGCAGCAAAAUAUUUUACAAGCGCUAACCGAAGCUUAUGCGCGAGCUGCACCUGUGCUGAAGACGCUGCAGGAUGUUAAACAAAAACGCGAGCAUUUCUACAGCAGCUUGUCGGUAAGCUAUGAUGUCUAUGAGGAUCUGCUGGCCAAGUCUGCCAAGGGCUUGGAGUUCUAUAAGAAACUAGCGGGCAAUGUGCAAAAGCUGCUAACGCGUUUCAAAUCAGCGCGUGAUGUGCAAACCGAGGAACGUCAGCAGCGUUUGCAAAGCGUCAAAGCCACGCCCCCAACAGCAGCAGCAGCAACAACAACAGCGCCAGCAGCUUCUGCAGUGCCAACUGCCACGCCUAUUAGCGCUACGCCCAAGCUGCGUGAUUAUCUCAAAGCCAAGCAACAACAGCCCAGUUUGGAUGCCAGCAGUUAUGUCAAUACAGUGCGUCCAGUGCCAGUUGGCUCCGAGAAUCCUACGCAAGCUGCUUGCUCCAACUAUGCCACUGCGACUGCUGCUGCUGCUGCCGCACCCAAUGAGCCACCGCCGCCUUACAGUCUGCAGCAGCAGCAAUACUUUGAUCCACAAGCUGCAGGCUAUACCAAUCCCAUGUAUCAACAGCAACAGCAGCAUAUAGCGCCGCCAGCUUACAAAGCGCAGGCGUCGCCAAAUUCUCAAACCUUGCAAGGCGCCAUGGCGCAGCUUAGCAUGCAGUCAGCUCAGCAACAACAAACACAACAGAACAGCAAACCUAUUCCAAUCAUCCCUGGCUACAGCUACAAUCCACAAACGGGCAUCUAUGAGUACAGCAGCGGCUAUCAGCAGGACAAGCAGCCCACACAAAUGUCUCAAGGCUAUGGACAAUUUACGCAAAGCGGACAGCAGCUUAAUGUUGGCACCACAGACUCUGAGGCGGCCAAUCGCAGCAAUGUAGCCACAGGCUUUGAUUCACCAAUUGUGUCACACACCAAAGCUGCUGACAAAGAAGCAGCAGCUCAGGAUACUGCUGCCAACUAUUAUACGCCACCCUAUGGCUAUCAUUCCAAUGGCGAGACGCCCGCACAGGCGCCACAGCAGCAGCAACAACAACAACAGCCGCAAGCGCUGGCGUCACCCAUGCCCACACCCACACCCACGUCCAGUGUUUACAUGCAAAGCGGCGGCAGCAGCAUUGCCAAUACCCAAACCACCACUAGCAGCGCGCCAUAUGCAUCGAGUGCGCAGUCCGCAGCAGUUAAACCCAAAGCCGCCAGCAAUGUAGAUCUGCUUAGUGACUUGGAUAUUGAUUGUGCUGCAGCAGUGCCAGCGCCCUUGCUGCAGCCACAAAUUGUAGCCAGUCCAACGCCACCAGCUAGCCAAGUGGCUGCUGUUGAAACUGUUGUGGAAGCGCCUGUGCUUGCCGCCAGCUCGCCGCUAGCUUCGCCUACACCAGCAGCAGCAGCAGCAGCACGCAAAAACAGUCUAAGCAAUCUUAGUAACUGCUCUGAUUUGAGCUCGCUAGAGAACUUUGAUUGGGAUUCGGUUUCAUUAACACAUUCCGCCAAUGAGAAACAAACUAGCAAUGGACAUUCACUUAAUACAUUCCAAAUGCGUGCGCAUGAUGCUUUCAACGACGAAAAGACACUUAAAUAUUUUCACAAGGAAGUAGAAAGCUAUGAAAAGCUAGUGGAAAGUUUGCAUGUUAAAAUGCUAAAUGGCAAUACGCAACUGGGCGCUAAGUGGCUGGAGCUGCAGCAGAAGCUGGAAAAGGAUGCAAGCGUUAAGCGCACCACCACCAUAGCCAAGUUGUUUCCGGAGAAGAAUCGCUCGCUGGACUGCUUGCCCUACGAUCAUGCAAGAGUAAAGCUGGACAAGCAAACUGAUGAUUAUAUUAAUGCAGCCAGAAUAGAAAGUCUAAGCAGCGGCUGUCCACACAUUAUUAUAGCCCAAACACCACAAGCGAAUACUAUAAACGAUUUUUGGUCCAUGAUUUGGUCGCAAAAGUCGCGCACUGUUGUUUGUUUGCAUACAACAAAUGAGCUCUUUGAUCCAUACUGGCCACAAGCGCUGGAGCAGCCCACACACUAUGAUGACUACACAGUGAACUGCGUUAAGCUGCAGCAGCUGAGCCACUGCACUGAGUAUCAGCUGAAGUUGUCCAUGCAUGGCGCCGAUGCAGUGCUGGAUUUGUCGCUGCUGCAGCUUAAGCAAUGGACCAAGGCUUUGCCUACACAAUUGUUAAGCAUAGCGCAGAAUGCGCUGCAGACACAUCAGCAACGUUGUUUGGCUGCCAAUGCGCCCACAUCGCCGCUGAUAUUGAGCUGCCUAACAGGCUCGGAGCGUUCGGAGCUGCUGGCUGUAGGAAUUUGUGCGCUCACAGGCACGCAGGUCAAGCGUCCCAUUUUGAUAAAUGUGGUGGAUGUGUGGACGCGCAUUUGCAUGCAGCGCCAGCACUCGCUACGUGAUGCAGCCAGCUUGGAGCAAUCGAUGCAAAUUGUGCUUAGCAAUGCGCACAAUGUGCUCAACAAACGCGGCAUUAUAACCUCAUAUCAAAUGAAAAUGGCACCGCAGGUAACUGCAAAGGAGCAGCAGGAGAACAAAGAUCCUUUGAACGAACUGGAUGCAUUGUGGAAAAUGAAAUGAACAACGACUGAACCACAGCAGCGCUUUAAAAUUUGUAAUCAUUUGUAAUUCUUAUAUUUAUACAACUUAACGACUAUCGCUCAUAUGUUAAAAACAAUUGUUGAGCAAAAGUAUUGGUAACCGUCAUAUGUAUGUCUAUUAAAUGCUAUUCAAUUAA